AUGGCUAAUCAUUUAGCUUUGGUGUUGCCAAAAUUAGUUGGAAAGGAACAAUGUGAUUUUGUGAAGGGGAGGAAAAUCCAAGAAGCAAUUAUCUUGGCUCAUGAAUUGGUAAGGGAUUUCAACAAUCCUAAGAAUCCUACUAUGGCAUUGAAGAUUGACAUUAGGAAAGCUUACGAUUCUAUUUCCUGGGAUGGGUUUUUUCAUCCUGAGAGAGGGCUGAGACAAGGCUGCCCCCUAUCUCUUAUAUUGUUCACUUUGAUCACAGAAUUGUUUUCAACCUUAGUAGCAGAUGCAGUUCAAAGAAAAGAGUUAGUGGUGUUGAAAUCUAUGGCAAAGUACCAACAGCCUAUUAGUCAUCUCUUUUUUGCAGAUGAUGUUAUUUUGGCUUGUGAGGCUUCAAUUCAUAACUUUACUGUUCUGGAAGGCAUUUUCAGAAGAUUUGAAUCUGUUACAGGACUUCAAAUUAACCAUGGAAAGAGUAGGGUGUUAUUUUCUAGAGCUUUGAGAAGAAGACAUGUGUUGCUACAGGUUUUGAAAUGUGCUGAAGAUGAUUUUCCCAUUAAAUACCUUGGGUUACCUUUAAGCCCUGCUAGGUUAAAGAGGGUUCAGUGUAAGGAUCUGUUGGAUAAAAUUAUAAAGAAAAUUGUAUGCUUGAACACAAAGCUGCAUUCUCUUUCAGGUAGAUUGGAGCUAUUAAGGGCUGUUAUUACUCCUAUUUUCCAAUAUUGGUGUUGUAUCUAUGAUAUUCCUGUGGCUAUUCUUAAUCAAAUUUAG